AACAACGUCUGCACUCUUACCCCUCUCAGUUUGAGAAAAAUGCAUCAGUUCUUAAGGCAAGCUAAAACAUGUCAAGAUGUCUUGAGUAAAAAUUCCGGAGAGCGGAAAUUUAGAAGAGGGAAAGUUCUGUUGGACAAAUUCUGUGAGAGAAUGAAAGGAUAUAGGAGAAUUAAAUACAGCUUAUUCGCCUGCUGUUACAUGUUUUCGGUAACCAGUACAGUUCUGGUUGCUGUUGGAAUCUAUUCCAAGAUUGCCAAAGAGAAAGAUGUUGUGGAUACGUUGACAAUUGACCCAGCUCUCUUGCUGAUCAUUGUUGGGUCUCUAAUGUUAUUGAUCACCUUCUUUGGGUGCUUUGGGGCGCUACGUAAUGGGACCUGGUUACUGAGAAUGUUUCUUGGAAUCCUGGUGGCAAUCCUAUUGCUUCAGAUAGUUGCUGCUGUGCUUGGAUUUGUUUUCUCUGAUAUGGUCUUGGAGAGGACAGAGAAGCUGAUGAGAAAAGCCAUUAUACGUUAUCGAGAAGAUUUGGACUUGGAAAAUGUCAUUGACUUUGUUCAAAAAAAGUUGCAAUGCUGUGGAGUACAUUCAUACAAGGACUGGUCAUACAACAUAUACUUUGAAUGCCUGGAUGGCAAUCCUAGUCAAGAGGCCUGUGGAGUGCCCUUCUCCUGCUGUCUGCAACUGCGCAAUGAGACCAUUUUCAACACCAUGUGUGGCUACAAGGUCCAGGAUUUGGAGGAGACCACUGCACAGGGGAGAGUGUACACCACAGGCUGUCUUGACAGGAUUGUAUGGUGGGGGAAAAGAAACCUUUUCCUUGUGGGUGGGCUGACUGGGGGGCUGCUCCUUCUUGAGAUUUGCAUGCUUUCAUUGGCUGCUGCACAGGUGUAUAUAAUAAACUAUGUGCAAAUGAAGAAGACAAGAAAUUGCAGUCUGGACCCUUCAUUCUCCAGAGAGAGACAAAAUUCUUCUCCCGAGAGGUGACUCUGUACUGGGCCUUGAUGUUCCGGAGUGGAUUGUAUUCUGGACGGAUCUUAUAAGGACAGUGGAAACCUGCUUUGAUAAUGUAGCCGAGCUGGGAUAUUGCUACGAAGCCACUUCUAUGCGACAGCAAUUUGAUGAUGGGAGCAUAAACAUACUGGACAUAUAAAAGAUUUCCUAUGAAAAAAAGGUUGAAAAGAUUUAACACCCUGUUUGGAUUAUAAUUUGAUAAUAAAUUAUUGUCAUUAGUUAAAUAAAUGUCAAAUAGGAUAAGACAUCAGAAAAUGUAAAUAUCAUUUGUCUGAGACAAUAGGAAUUCACAGCAGUGUUGUAAACAGUAAAUUACAAACCGUAAAGAUUUGUGGUAUACACAAAAUACACUGUACUAUAAAAAAUAUAAACCAUUAAUUUUACGUGUCACACCAUGUUAGAAUGUUCUGAGGAAAGAUGAAGGUCUUCAUGACUUCAGAGUGUCUAAUAUAUUUUAACGUAAUCAAGACUUUCUAGGCAUAAAGGUCAAUACAUUUCUACAGGCACUGUACAUUACUGUCAUUUAUAACUGAUGGCAGUGGAUUGAAGUACCCACCAAUUGACAGUCUACAUGUGAAACAUAUUGUCAUUGUGUCAUUUGAAAUAUAAUGCUACAUAUUAUUAUAUAUUUAUAUAUAUAUAUAUAUGCAUUUAGAUACGUACCAGACGCCACAUCCCAAAUAUUGAUGGUUCGAUCUUGUGUUCCUGUAAAGAUGUACUGAUCACACUUAGAAAAAGUAGCACAGAGAACCCCUUCAAAGAAGAACCCCUGUACAUGAGGUAAAACAAAAAAAGAAAAUCAUUUGUUAACAGAACAAGGCUAUGAAGUUUGAUAAUGGUUGAUUGAAUUUGUCUGCAAUAGUUCAGGAGUUUUAAGAUUAGUUUAAGAAGGGAUGUAGGUGGCAUGUGUGUCAGAGGCUGACAGUACAUAUUAACCUUUAGUGCAUUUCAGAUUUCCGUCUAAAGGCCUCGGUAUACUUCACGCUAAGUACGUGUAUGUAUAUGCUGAAGGGCUGCCGCACAUAACCAACGCUUGUUUGGUGUGUACUUUGUGCAUGUCUCCCUGGCCCUUAAAUGUACACAUACACAAGGUGCAAUACCAACAGAAAUAAUGGGGCAGUUAACAAAAGAUCCUCUGAUGUGCUGAAAGAUCAAAAAUAGGAAAGAGCAAAGAAGUAGAAGUAUACACCUGCGGUAAAUUGUUUCCAUCAAAUAUGUGAGCUGGCUAGCAAUUAGACAUACAUUAGCAAUACCUCCACCUAUGUAGCCAUGGGUAUUGCUGUUAUGGCCUACAAAACCUGACGUAGUUAGUUGUCAACGUAUUUAGUCACAAAAUGUUAUGUCGCUGACCUGCCUCCUAGUGGACUUUUAAACAUCAAUGCUGACAUGAAGAACGCAGUAUGUCGAGUAUGUGAACAAUGCCGCAUGUGUAGCUUUCGCGUUAGUACAUACACGUACAAAGCUGAAGUAUACAGAUGAAUUUAGAAAUUGGGGUAUGUUGGAGUGGAUACACCAGCUACUCAAGCCUAUUGCCUAUUUGACUGUACUGUGCUUAACUGUUAGUCCUAAAGUCACACUUGUCAUCAGUGUAUAGGAUGUACAUUACGAUUGAAUAUCAAUGUGUAACAUACAUCAAUGUUUUGUUAUCAUCAACACACUGGUUGAUGGUAAGGACUACAUUACAAUAAUACAAAUCCCUGCAUCAGGGGAAAUCAUGCGUCACUCUUAACUGAACAGUUAACCAGCCAUGCAGUCAUAGCAGUCAUGGCUUUCAGCUAUACUAGUUCAGAUGAAAAGAUUGAAGAGUCUGUCCCAAAAAUAUUUGGGUUAACUCAUUUGAAUCGGCUGCCAUGGUGCCCAAUUCUGAGACUUACACUGCUCUUAUCAACAUUGUAUGGCUGGGUGUCAAGCUGCCCCCACCUCUCAUAUGCUAAAAUUUGGAGUGGCUGGACGGACUCUCUACUUGAUGGCUCUCACACCACAUUGUGUAACUUACUGUAGCAUUGCUAGUCAUUUGUUGAUAAGGGUCAAGAAGUAUCUGAUUGGUUGUUCUUGUGUAUAAAGGGAAUUGUGAAGCAUUGCUCUGUGGAUUCUUGAUCUCCUGAGACCUUCUCCUCAGCUCUGGCUACUUAUUCUCCUUGCUCACUUCUUGCUUUCUAUCUCUUGUUUACAACAAUCAUGAUAGAGUAAGUAAGACGUAACCUUCAUUUUGUAACAUGUUUGCCUUGUAGUUGAUUUAUUUCAUUUUCAAUGUUAUUAAAGGUCACAUGAUA